AUGGAUAUAAUUUCAAAACCAGAUGCUACAACUACAUCUCUACAUGAACAACAAACCCAACAACACCAAAAUGCAGAGACAACACCAAAUGAAAAUAUAAAUUAUAAUAAUAUGAACGAUAGUAUAUUAAAAAGUAUUGUAAUUCAAAACCCUAACGAUGAAGACAUAAUAGAUAUAAACAAUGUCAAUAUUUCUAAUAUAGAUUUUAAUAAUAAUAAUAUUCAAAACGAUACUAUAAUUGAUCAUAAUAUAGAUAAGCACGAAAUAAGUUUAGGUACAUAUGAAUCAUCAAAAACAACAACAAACUUCUCAUCCUCAGUUUUUACAACAUCAACAACACAAACCACUAAAUCAAAAAGAAACAGUGAUGGUUUUGAUAACAAAGAAUUAAAGAUAAAUGAUUUGGAAACAAAUAAUGUAAAUAAAAGACACUCAUUACAAUUAACAAAUAACUAUGCAUCAACUUAUAAAUCACCUUUGGAUUCACCAUCAAAAACCUUAGCCAGAACUUUUAGUAUCAGUAUAAUUAAUAGUGUAAAAAAAUCUAGACCCUCUUCUCUUCAACUUCCAAAUUCUAAUAUCCCAUCCUCUUCAUCAUUGUCAUCAUCAACUAAUAGCGGUGUCAAUCCUCAAGAGACUGGAGUGGUUCCACCAUCACCUCAUUAUACUGUUAGAAAAGAUAAUGCAGACAUAUCAUUCCCAUCUCCAGUAAAACAACAGCAACAACAAGAUGAUUAUGAGCAAAUUCAAUAUAAACACAAUAUUUCCUAUGAAGAAAAUUCUGAUGUUGAAGAAAAGUUACAAAAAAUAAUAGACAAUCCAGAAGGCCAUCAAACACAACCAGAAUUAGAAAUCCUUAUACAACAGUUGGUUCCAGGAUUGGACCGCAUAGGAAUUUUAUCUAUAAUAGAUAGAAUUAGUUGUGAUGAAUAUGGAAAUGUAGCAAAUAAUGAAUUGAUCAGUUUUAUGGAAAAAUAUCAUAAUACAGAUCUUAUGGAAGAUGUAUUUGAAGAUCAUCCUAUUAACAAUUUAGUACAUUAUGAAAAUGGUAAAAACUCAUUAUCAAUACAUCCAGAACCUAAUCAAAUUAUUCAACAAAAUACCCAACCAGCUCGAUUCGGCCAAUAUUCAAUUGCUUUAGAUUCUGGUGAUUUUGAAGGUGUCGGAACAAAUGGUGCAUUUAAACAAUCUGAAGAAACCCAACAACUUCAGGAUGAAAUUAAUCAAUUAAAAAAGGAACUACAGAAUUAUAAAGAUAAUGGAAAUAAUGAAACUGAAAUUAGGGGUAGGUGUUCAAGAUAUGAAGAAGAAAAUUCAAAAUUAUAUUUAGAAAUCAAGAAAUUAGAAGAAAACGAGGCUAAAUUUAGAAAAGAAUUAACAAAUUUAAAAGAAAUUGAAAAGAAAAGAAAAGUUCAGUUUACUGAUACUGAAGAAGAAUACACAAAGAAAGAGAAGGAGUCUACAAAAAAGAUGGAUACUUUAAAAUCAACAAUAUUGACAUUAAAAACCUCAAUUAAAGAGGAAAAAAAAAAAGUAGAAGAUAUAGAAAAAGAAUCAUUGUCAAAAAUUAAUGAAUUGGAAAAUAAACUAAGGGUUCAAACAAAUAGAUGCACAUCUUUGACAAGGGAAUAUGAAAAUUUAAUUAGUCAAAUUGGAUUAGAUAAAGAGGUGCAACAACAGCCACAACAACAGCCACAACAACAGCCACAACAACAGCCACAACAAACGAAUGAAUUACAUUCAAAUAAAACUAUUACAAAUAUUCUCGAUGAUAAAAGUAAUAAUAACCCUAUCAUUAACCCCAAUUCAUCAUCAUCACUAAAUGAAUCGCUAUUUAGACAAUCUCAAUUAUUUGACCAAAAGAAUUUUUCAGUUAGCAGCGACCAACUCCAUAAAGAAUUAAUAAAAAAAAUAGAAACUUUAGAAUCAGAGAAUUUAUCACUUCAAGCUCAAAAUAAAAAAUUGGAAGAUGAAUAUAAUAAAAAUAAACAAGAUUUAGAAAACCAAAAUAAUGAAUUAAAAACAACAAUAUCCUCAUUAGAAACUUUAAACUCACACUUAAGACAACAAAAUAGCGCAGAUAAUAAUAGUAGUAGUAGUAGUAGUAGUAAUAAUAAUAAUGAUAUAUCAAAUGAAGAAAAAUUAAAAUAUAAUCAAAUUUUAGAGCAAAAUGAAUCAUUAAAAUCCCUUCUCCAUAAUAAGAACGAUCAAAUUAAACAGCUAAAUGAAUUCAAUGAUGAAAUGCAAAGAGUUGUUACCAAUUCUUCAAAUGAUAUGUCCCAAUUCAAAGAUAAUAUUGCCAAUUUAAUUAAAAAUUCAAUCGCAAAUAAAAAUGUAAAACAACAACAGCAACAAUUACAAGAAAACAACAAUAAUAAUACAAAUGAACAGAUUGAAGAUAAUGAAGAAUUUGAAAAUACCAAUAAUGAUAAAAGUUUCUCAAGAAGAUUGUUUAAUAAACUUGAGUCUUUAUUCGCGAUAAUAGGUUUAGUCGUAUUUGUUUUAUUUACAAUUGCAUUUAUAUCAAGAUUAAAUCAAAAUCCAUUUAUGGAAAGACCAAAUUAA